AUGUCUGCGACCGAAAGCGCAUCGGCUAGUGGUACCUCGCAAAAACAACCCGCCGUUCUAAUAUGCAUCGGAAUGGCGGGUUCGGGAAAAACUACUUUCAUGCAGCGGCUAAACGCCCAUCUUCAUGGCAUAAAGAAGCCACCUUACGUGAUAAACCUUGAUCCAGCCGUAUCGCAGCUGCCAUUCACCGCCAACAUUGACAUUCGAGAUACCAUCAAUUACAAAGAGGUCAUGAAACAGUAUAAUUUGGGCCCAAACGGUGGCAUUUUGACGAGCUUGAACCUUUUUACGACAAAGUUCGAUCAAGUUCUUGAAUUCAUUUCCAAGCGUGCUCCGACACUUGAGCAUAUCAUCGUAGAUACCCCUGGUCAGAUUGAGAUCUUUACGUGGUCGGCGUCUGGAGCCAUAAUAACCGAGGCGUUAGCAGCAACGUACCCAUGCGCGGUGGCUUAUAUCAUAGAUACACCGAGAACAACUAGUCCUAGCACCUUUAUGAGCAACAUGUUAUAUGCAUGUAGUAUCCUAUACAAAACCAAACUUCCGUUCAUCCUGGUUUUCAAUAAAAUUGACGUAGUCUCACAUGAGUUCGCCGUGCAAUGGAUGACUGAUUUCGAAGCAUUUCAGCAGGCAUUACAAAAGGACACGAGCUACAUGAGCAAUCUCAUGAAUUCGAUGUGUUUGGUGCUUGAAGAGUUCUACCGGCACUUAAGGGUUGUUGGUGUUUCAGCAGUAACCGGAGAAGGAAUGCAGGAGUUUUUUGGAGCGGUGGAUGAGGCUGUUAAGGAAUAUGAAAGCGUGUACAAGCCCGAACUUGAGAAACUGAUUCAGGAAAAGAUAAAACGCCAAGAAACUGCAAGACAAACACAGGUGACUCAAUUAAUGAAAGAUUUGGACGUUUCGGAUUCUUCGAUGAGAGAAAAUGUACAAAAAGAUAGUGGCGAUGAAGAAGAAGUCAUUUAUGAUGAAGAUGCGGAUUAUGAACAAAUGCAGAGACACCAAGAACAAUUGGAAGAACAGAGUUUCAGCAGAUGGGUCAAUCAA